AGUGCAGGCAGGCAGGCUGUGGCUGGGAGCGCUGAGUGGUGCCCUUUCUCUGUCCUUGACUUUUGCGAACCCCACGGUUUGGGCUCAGGAUGCCAGAAGGCCCAGAGCUCUUCCUAGCCUGCAAAUACAUCAACGCGGAGUGUGCAGGAAUUAGGUUUACGGGGAAGGUAGAAAAAUCAGAAGUUAGCAAGAAUCCAGAGGUGCCUUUCGAGAGCGAUGGAUACCUGAUCUUGGCUGUGUCCCGGGGCAAAGAGCUGAAGCUCACCCUGACGCCCAUCAAACAGGAGAGCUCGACUUCAAAAAAGCUGGCCCACACCAAACGGGACCAAGUGGGAUCCCAACGUCCUCUGGAUCUUGUUUUCCGUUUUGGCAUGAGUGGGAAUUUCAAAGUGGUCCCAGCUUCUGACAUGCCCAAACAUGCGCACUUGCGUUUCUAUACCCAAGAGACGCCACCCCGAGCCCUCUGCUAUGUGGACAUCCGGCGUUUUGGCAGGUGGGAGGUGGAUGGCACCUGGCAGCCAGACCGAGGGCCCUGCGUGAUGUUGGAGUAUGAAAAGUUCAGGGACAACGUUCUGAGGAAUCUCUCUGACAAGGCCUUCGAUAAACCCAUCUGUGAGGCUCUGCUAAACCAGAAGUUUUUCAAUGGGAUUGGCAACUACCUCCGGGCUGAAAUUCUUUACCGAUCAAAGAUCCCUCCCUUUGAGAAGGCACGGACGGUUCUGGAGGAUCUGCAGCAUGGGCUGCAGGUUUCUGGGACAACCUUGAGCAAGAAAGUGAAGCUGAAACGAGAGAACCCCGACUUGCUGGAGCUCUGCCACAUGUUGCCCAUGGAGGCCGUGAAUCUAGGAGGUGGCAAAGGUUACGACCCAACCAACCGAGAGGAUGCUGCAGUCUUUGAAGAAUGGCUGCGCUGUUACUCUGCUCCGGGCAUGAAAUCCAUGCGCGAUGCUAAUGGCAGGACCAUCUGGUUCCAGGGAGACCCUGGACCCAUGACUCCGAAAGGGGGGAAAUCACAGAAAAAGAAGGUAAAAGUAAAUUCUAACACAGCUGCUCAGAGUUCAAAGGUCACCAAGCAGCUGGCAAGGAAGAAUUCCAACAUCAGUCCUGCUCAGAAAGAAGUUAAAAGAAGAAGGAAACUUAGAACAGAGAGUGGAAUUAUCCCAGAAAAGGAGGAUGGCGGUAUGGUAAACAGAUCCAGGAGACCAAAGACCAGAUCUCAGAGAUCCUCUCCUGAUUUGCAAGAGGCUUUGCUGCCAAGCUCUCCAGCUGAAGCACAGAAGAAGCGAACGCCUGCUCAGAAAAAAGAGAUUAAGGCAGCUACAAUCUCAAGAUCUAGACGGGUAAAGGCUUCGUAGCCCUUCUUAGUGCAGAAUGGCCAUUGCGCAAGCUUCAAGCAGGUCUUGAAGAUAAGGGCAGCUUUUUGACCCAAGAUUACCAACUGAAGAACCCUUGUAAGAAAGCUUUUUCCUACUUCCUCAUUUACAAACUUUUAAGCGUUUUGUUACCCACAAACUUCUCUGAUGGCACUAACACUCUUUUUCAAAACCUGCACUCUUAGACAAAAAUGCCUUUGGUUUCAAACUGUCCUUGCAAGAGGAGCUGGAAAAGAGUCCAGCAAUUUGAAUACUUGCCACCUCUCAACUUCUUAUGGAAAGAAUUCUUGCACAAUUCAGGGAACUUUCUGAAGAAAGGUUCUGGACAGCAAGUGAAUAAGAUUUAAUCUAUGUAUUCAAAUCUCCCUCAACUUUCAACAGUUAAUCAAAUGCUCUGCCUUCCUUUUUUAACAGCCUGUGUGUUUUUAAAAAAACUGCUUUUUUGUACCAAUAAAAAAGGUCCUGCUUUAAAAGGAGCUUUUCUGUGGCAGAAAACCAUUGAGGGAAAUCCUUGAAGCAAUGACACCAAACUCUACUCA